UCAAAAAAAAAAUGAGCUCAUCUUUAAUAAUUCUCUCAAUUCUAUAUAUAUAUUUACACCUGAUCUCUUCUUCAUAUAUACACCCACCGCCAUAGCCCAAAAACUCACCAAAGUUUAAAACCCUCUCAUCUCUUUCCUUUGUUAAGAAGUGAAGGAAGGAAGAAAAAAAGAAAAAUACAUAUAUAUGGGAAGUUUGGAAGAGGAAAAAUUAGCUCAAAUGGUUGAUGAUUUUAUCGAAUCAGUUGAUCAUCAUCAUCAUCAAUCACCAACUUCUUCUUUUCCUCUUUCUUCCAAUUCCAAUUCCCAUUAUCUUUUCACAUUAAAGGAGAUUCUUGGGAAUGGAACGAAGGAAGAAGAAGAGGUGGGUGAGAGUGUGAUGAAACACUUGAGAAGGUGGAAAACAUCAUCAGAUGCUAAUUCUUCCAAAACCAAUAGCCUUAGGAAAUGGCUUGUGAUGAAGCUGAAAAUGGAGGGAUAUGAUUCUUCUCAUCUUUCUCAUACCUCUUGGGUCACUUCCAUGGGCUGCCCAGCAGGGGAUUAUGAAUACAUAGAGAUGAGAAUGAAGGGUGAGAGAUUGAUAAUAGACAUAGAAUUCAAAGCUCAGUUUGAAGUAGCAAGAGCAACAGAAGAAUACAAACAGCUCACAAAAGCACUUCCAUCUGUGUUUGUAGGAAGUGAAGAGAAAGUUAAGAGAAUAAUAAGUGUUUUAUGUUCAGCAGCUAAGCAAUCCCUGAAGAAGAGUGGUCUUCACAUUCCCCCUUGGAGAACUUCCACUUAUAUGCAUGCCAAAUGGCUUCUUCUUCACCUUCAUCAUCACUCUAAUCAUCAUAUUAAUUAUAUCCCUACUAAUAAUAUCAAUAUUAAUAUUAACAUUAGUACACCAAAUAGUAAUAAUAAUAAUAAUAAUAAUAACAACAAUAAAUAUUACUAUUGGAAGCCUCCAAUGGUGAAUUAAUUAUUAUUAUUAUUAUUAACCAAAUUUCAAGGAGAGGUUUUAAUUAAUUUGGGGUUGUGGUGCUUCUGCUUUUUUGUCUAUUCAAUUUUCUAAUAUCACUAUUAAUUGUUGUUGUUGAUUAUAUAAUUAAGUAUUAAUCUUUCUUUCUUUCUUUCUUU